UUGAUAUUAAUAGCUAGGUAGCUUAAUUAAUGAGUGAUUGUGGGAGUGGGAGGAAAAAGAAUGGGGUAACAAAAAUGCCAUGCAUAUUCCUGUCUAAUCAUUUGAUCUUUUUAUACUUAGAAAAUUUCUCCUCUUUAACACACCAUGUUCAACUUCUGUAAUCGUUGCUCAAACCCAAAUCAUAACAUGUCAAUUUCAAAGGCAUAGAUAUUUGUACAUAUAUUUCGCACGAAUGCUAUUGACAUGGUGCACAAGUUGCCAAUUGCCUAAAAAGUAUGCUUUGCAGUGAUAUUAAUGCUCAAAAUGGACUCCUAGAAGAUCACCUCUAAAUCACUAGGCUCCUAUUAUCUGUCCGAUCAUCGUGUCUACCCGAUGCUUGAAUAACAUCACUUCCAAUUAGGCAACCGUAAAUUGCAUUUCUCGCCGACUAAGAUGGUUUUCCAUUGUGGUAGACAUGGCAAAUUGAUCAAAGUGGUAGUGGAAACGAUCGUGAAAAAGCUAAAGACAAAGCAUAGGAAGGUGACCGACUAUUUAGUCGGAAUCAAUGAUCGAGUAGUAGCACUGAGAAAAUUAUUAGACGUCAACUCUCAUGAUGUACGACUCAUUAGCAUUUGUGGCAUGGGAGGUAUCGGUAAAACGACUCUCGCCAAGGUCGUUUUCAAUGAACUCUCUUCUGAUUUUGGAAAGUGUUGUUGUUUCCUUGAAGAUAUUCGAGCAAAUUCAUCUCAUGAGAAUGGGUUAGUUGAGUUGCACAGAAAGUUAUUGUCCGAAAUCAGCAAUCGUACAGGAAUGUGGAGCAUUGACAACAGUGAUGAUGGAAUGAAGAGGAUUGAAAAAGUACUUCACAACAAGAAAGUCCUCAUUAUACUUGAUGACAUUGAUAAGGGCACACAAGUGGAGAAAUUAGUCGGAGAGAAAACUUUGUAUUAUGGAUCUAGAAUAUUGAUUACCACUAGAAAUAAAGACGUUUUGCGAAUCCACAAAUCAAAGUAUCAUAUUUUAGAAUAUGAAAUGGAGGUGAUGAGUAUUGAUUGUGCACUUGAGCUUUUUAUUAGGCAUGCUUUUGAUAGCGACUCUCCUUCAGAUGAUUAUAGUGAUCUUUCAAGGGACAUCACAUUUGCUACUGGGAGACUUCCACUUGCUCUUGAAAUAAUCGGUUCGUUCCUCUACAACAGAAGGCGACAAAUAUGGCAUGAGACAUUGAAGAAGUUAAGGAAAGCACCUCAUGAGGAUGUUUUCAGAAAGUUAAAGAUUAGCUUUGAUGCCUUAACUUUAGAGCAACAACAAAUUUUUCUUGAUAUUGCAUGCUUUUUCAUUGGUGAGGAUAGGAGGAAUCCAACAUACAUGUGGAAAGAUUGUGAGUUUUCAGUAGAAACUGGAGUUGAGGUCCUCAUUAACAUGUCUUUAGUAAAGAUUGUGAAGCACAAGUUUUGGAUGCAUGAUAAACUUAGAGAUCUUGGAAGAGAAAUUGUUCGUCAAGAAAAUCCAACAAAUCCUGGAAAGUGUAGUAGGUUAUGGAUUCAACAGGAAAUUCUCAAUACAAUAACAACAAAGAAGAUGAAGAAAGUUCAAGCAUUGAAUCUUAAUCUAUGCAGAAGUUAUCUUAAUCCCAUUCAAUGUGAAGAUAUUGGAAGGUUUGAUCAUCUAAAGUACCUCAAAUUAAAUGGGGGAACCUUAGUUGGUAACUUAGAGAAUUGUCUUACGAAAUUAAGAUGGUUUAUUUGGAGUCAUCCUCCUCAAACGUCUAAGCCAAUCAUCAUGAACUUAAAGAAUUUGGUCAUUCUUCAAUUUACCGACAAUGACGUCAUAGAUGAUUCCAAACUGCAGGGCUUAAUAAGGUACGUAAUUUACUUCUUUUUAUUCUUUUUUCUAAAGUAAUAUCUUAUUUUUCAUCCUUUGAAUAUUGUAUCGUUUUGACAGAUGGCAAGAAAAUUGAAAGUUCUCUCUCUUAAAAGUUGCAAUAACAUAACCCAAACACCAAAUUUCUCCGAAUGCCUGAAUUUAGAGAGGCUUACUUUAGAAUGUUGUUCCCAAUUGAGGAAAAUUGACAGCUCUAUUGGGAAGUUAAAGUGCUUGACUGAGCUAAGGAUUGGUAGCUGCGGUUGUCUUGAAGAUUUGCCUAACCAAAUCGGGGACCUAGUGAAGUUGAAGCUCCUCUCUAUACUGUGGUGUAAAGUGAAAAAACUCCCAGAAUCCAUAUGGAAGUUGAGAUCGUUACUUGAGGUACACUUUGAGGGUGACUUUGAUGGAUUACCUAGUGCUAUUGGACUACUUCAAAAUCUAAAAGUGCUUCAAGUUAGUAGUCGCUAUUUAAAAGAUCUUCCAAAUACCAUUCACAUGCUUCCUCACUUGCGAAGAUUGAAGUUGAUGCGAUGUGAUAAGAUUCAAGAGUUGCCGGUACUCCCAACAAGUUUAACCCACCUAAUUGUGUCAUCUAGAUCGUUGCACUAUGUCUCGAAUCUCAGGAACUUGACUAAUUUGGUUGAGCUGGAUCUAGAUGUUAGAGGACGAGCCUAUGGAAAUCAUUUAUGGUGGAUUGAGAAUUUAUCCAAAUUGACUAAUUUGAGACUGAGACUUUGCAAUGUUCGUAUUUCUACUGAGCUGGUUUUCCUUCCUCUGUUAAAGAAACUUGAUUUGCAUGGAUUGGACGUGCAAACCGUGCUGCAGCUUCCCUUGUCUCUGCAAUAUCUAGCCCUUCAUGAUGCCAAUUCGACGGAGUCACUCUCUCUGAUCCCAAUAAAUUUGUCACCAUUAAAGCUUCGUAGGUCUCCAUGGCAAGAUUUAGUGCCACAAAUGAAAAGGACUCCGUUGCAAGAAUUGACACUCAGUGUGGUUCGAGUUCUGCGUGCAGGGAAUUUGGAUGUGCGAUGCCAUGUAAAUCUCGAGAGAUUGAGGCCAUCAGGCAUGAGGAAGUUGAAAGAGGUCCUAGUGAGUUGUCCAAAGCUAGUUGAGAUCCAAUGUCCUCUGGUGUUCGAAUCACUAGAGGUACUGUUCAUUGAAGGGUGCGAGUCCUUGGGAAGCCUAACUUAUCUGAGAGAAGCCGGGCACAAUGAUAAUGGGUAUGCGACUGAUUUGACUAAUUGUGAAGGGAGACUAAUCCUUCCGUUGAGAGCCUUAAAUAAGCUGCGAAGGUUCACCCUGGGGCGUUGCCCCAAGAUACUCGAGAUACAAAUUGUCGGUAUGUCGGAAUCAUGGGAAUACUUCAGCCUUUUCGAAUGUCCUUAUGUGCAAAGUCUUGAUGGUUUAUCAAACUUAAAGAAACUCAAGGAUUUGAACAUCAAGGACAAUGAACGGCUGCAGGUUGUCAAGGGCCUUGACGAGCUAGAGUUUUUGGAUAACUUACAAGUUCAUGGGUGCGGAUUGUUGGAAAGUCUGAUUGAUGUAUCAAGCACGAAAUUGUCAAAUUACUGCCACAUACAUACCUCUGGUUGCCGCCGGGAAGACUUUCGGGGCUAUCUCGAGUACUACAAGCACCAUAACGAACAGGAGAGCCGUUUCAAGCAGGAACAGGAACAGGAAAGCCACUUCAAACACAAACAGGAUUAGAGCCGAGGAGAAGGCUAGGGAGAGUGUCGUUCCAAUACCUGAGCUUCUAUAGUUUCCUGCAUUGCAUCCUCCCCUGUUUUUUCCCUUUAGAGUAAAAGCCACUUCAAACAGGAAGUAAAGCAGAGGAGAAGGCCGGGAAGAGUGUCGUUCCAACGCCUGAGCUUCAACGGAAUGUGAGGUCAAUUGAGGAUAAAGAUGGCGAGUUGGCCGAUCAUUUGGCAGCAGAACCGGAGAGGCCCCUCCCUGUAAGUAAUGAAUGCCAAUGGCGUCUGGCAAAGCAUACCCAUAAGAAUAAAGGCCGCCUUAUCUGUACUAUUGUUUUGCCUCGAGGCAUUU